GUCCUGGCUGCCCAGGAGCUGACCCACCUGUGGAAAGGCAAGCUCCUUCUCUGGCAGCCUCACAGACAGACAAUGAGGCAAAUCUAAUCGACCUCAGCAAAAUGCAAGCCUCCCAGCAUGAACUGGUUUCUGGAAGUUCUACGUGAGAUUAUAUACACGCUCUGUGCGUCUCUUCGGGUCUUCCCCGCUACACGCGUGCGUGUCUCACGCUCGCAGCACUUUUCUGUGUGGACAAGCCCCACCCCGGGUGCUCCUAGCCAGGGGUCGCUGGCCGGCCACCAGCUGGGACAGCUCGGGUGCGGUAGGGCCCCUCUCUCCACCCACUUAGGGCCUGAGGGCGAAUCGUGUCCUUCAUCCCGUCUAGCAUCUUAAACCUCAGAACCCAAGGGCCGCGAGUCCCACAGGGGCCAUGGCCGAACACUUUAAAGAAGUAAGCAGGUGUCUCGUGUGCCUGGCCUACCUCGAAACGCCCAUGUACCUGAAAUGUGGCUACGUCUGCUGCCUGCGGUGCCUGGAUUCGCUGCAGAGGGAGCCCGACGGGGCGGGCCUACUGUGCCCCUCCUGCUCCGUGGUCUCUCAGAAGGAGGACAUCAGGCCCGGAAGCCAGCUUGGGAGGCUGGUUGCAAAGAUCAAGGAGUUAGAGCCCCAGCUGCGAGCUGUUCUACGGAUGAACCCAAAGAUACGCAAGUUCCAAGUGGACGUGACCUUGGACGUUGACACGGCCAACGGCUACCUCGUCAUUUCUGAGGACCUGAAGAGUGUCCACUGCGGGUAUUCCAGACAGAACCGGACGCCCCGGGCCGAGAGAUUCGACUAUGCCCUCUGUGUGCUGGGCUCCCCUGGGUUCUCCUCUGGCCGCCACUACUGGGAGGUGGACGUGGGGACCAGCAAGGAAUGGGACGUGGGUGUUUGCAGAGACUCUGCUCAUCGGCAAGGGCCGGUUCUGCUGUCCUCAGAGUUUGGCUUCUGGACGGUGGGUCUGAGGACAGAUCUCUUCCAAGCCGGCACCAUGCCUGUGACUGUUCUCUCGGUGAGCCCCGGGUUACACCGCGUAGGGGUCUUCCUGGACAGGAAUUUUGGCACCGUUUCCUUUUACCACGUUAGCGACGGAUCCCACAUUUUCACAUUCACUGAAAUUCCUGCCACGGAGACGCUGCGUCCGUUUUUUGCUCCUGGGAAUCCGACCGCGGACGGGCAAGAAGUCCUGAGAAUCUGCCCUGUGAGGAGCCCAGGCGUUGCCAGCAACCCAGCGGGUUCUGGGCAGAACAAAUGAACCUCCGAUGCAGAACAUUUGUAGAGAAUUCCGUGUGCUCACAGCCGGAGCCGGGAACUCUCCUGCCGGUUACGUGCGUGGUGCAGACGUGGCAGGAAAACACGCAACGGCUGGUGAAUCGUGAACGCUAAUUACAUGAAAGCAUUUAAGCGUCAGCACAGUUGUUUCUCUGGGGACUUGUUCCUAUUUCUGUUCCGAUGACUGGGUUCUGGGUUUUCACAUCAGUUUCUGAGUGUUUUUUAUUUUCUGCAGUAUUAACUUAGUGUGUAAUGGAGGUUAUAAACGAAGUAAAAACUUGGAUGUGA